GUUAUUUUACUUUAGGACGAAAAUUGACAACAGCAAGAACAACGGCUGAUCUCACUCCCAUGUUUAUAAAACUAAAAUGCUUUUAAUAGUUACCGUGUCUCUAAUUUUGUUUAUUAUUGCGUUAUUUCUGUCAAAAAGACUGUCACCAAAAUAUGUUAAAAUCGAUGGUAAACAUGUUGUGAUAACAGGAGGCUCCAGUGGUAUUGGGAAAUCCUUGGCCAUACAGGCUGCUCAGCUAGGGGCUAAUGUCAGCAUUCUUGCCAGAGAUAAGGUGAAGCUAGAAACAGCUAAGACAGAAAUACAGGGCUAUUUGCAGUCUGGACGUAAGGUGCACUGUGAAUCCUGUGACCUCUCUGGAGAUUUUGAGAAUGUCAGAACCGUAAUACAGGAGGCUGAAUCAAGGCUGGGUCCAGUGUUCAUGCUGGUGAAUUCUGCUGGUUCCUCAGUGAGUCGCUCAUUUGUUGAUCUGAAAGCCAGUGACUUUAAGAAUAUGAUGGAGAUGAACUACUACAGUGCAAUCAAUGCCACAAAAGCAGCUAUUCCAUCUAUGGUGGAGCAACAAUGUGGUCGGAUAGUGUUCCUAUCGAGCCAGGCUGGACAGAUAGGCCUGUUUGGCUUCAGUGCAUACUCAGGGGCAAAGUUUGCAUUGCGGGGCAUGGCAGAGGCUCUUCAAAUGGAGAUGACGCCCCACAAUAUACGUGUGACAGUCUCCUUCCCACCCGACACCGAUACCCCGGGCUUCCAUAGUGAACUCAAGUCAGGAAAGCCUAAGGAGACAAUAAUGAUUUCUGAAACAGCUGGCUUAUUCAAGGCAGAGGAUGUGGCAAAAACGAUACUCAGCGAUUCUUUGAAAGGCAAGUUCCUGAGCUACGUGGGUCUCGAUGGCUGGAUGCUGGCCACAAUGACCUCUGGAAUGUCUGCAGCCACAUCUGCACUGGAGGUGGUAACGCAGUUUUUCCUCUUGGGGCUACUGAGAGUGAUAGGACUGUUCUACUUGUCCAGUUUUGACCGGAUUGUCUUACAAUGCAAGAAGGAGAGAGAUGCAGAGAAGCCAAAAUCAUCCUAGUUGGUGACCUUGCUCAUUUAUUUAAAACAAGAACAAAGCAGUUUUGUGCCUUUUGUGGUAUCCACUCAAGAACUUUAUAACAAACUAAAGGUACAAGAGAAUGUUAAGUUCAGAACAAAUUUAUAUUUAUGGUCAGUUUGUCCUUACAAGAAAAUACAAGUACAAGUUAUGUGACUACGAAAUAAAUAAUCAAAGAGGUCGUGCUUUGCAAUUAUACUUCUUUAAAAAUUGCAUUGAAACUUAAAUUUGUUAUAUGAUGUUUAAUUAGAUAGGGCCCUGAGUCUGUAGCCAGCAACCCCUUCUUUGACCAAAUAAUCAUCGCAGAAAUUUUGCUCUGACAACCUCAAUGAGCUUUUAUGUCACAAAUUGUCUAAAAAUAUUUCUUAAAAGUCUUGAAAUAAUUUGGCAAGUCAUGGUUAUAUUUGUGUCUGCAAUGUUAUUGCUAACGUUCAUUUAUAUUAAUUAAGUUGUGAAUGUGUACAUUAAAAAUUGUUAGUU